CUCCAACACUAAACUCCAGCGCUGAGCGAGAUCUACUACAUCCAUCUCCAUCCAUUUCUUUUAUUUAAUUAGUUUUAAUUUAGAUUUCUAAUUCUAAUUUAUUAAAAAAUUUUAAUUUCUGCGACUCGCAUCCCGUUCGGCUCGCUUCGCUCCGGUCCGGUUUGUCCGUGUGAGCCCCCGCCCACCGACACCGACACAGAAACAGAGCCAACCCAAGUGUGUGCCUGCCAGCCCCUCCGUUGUGUGUGCGUUUGCUCAGAAAUUGUCUGUUGUGUGGAAAAAAUGUCGAAGAAUAAAAUAAACACAACCUCGGCCACGGCCACCGGCGCUGAAACGAAUCUAAUCGAAGUGAAAUCAAAGUUCGAUGCCGAAUUCCGACGCUGGAGCUUCAAGCGCAACGAAACGGAGCAGAGCUUCGACAAGUUCGCGGCACUCAUCGAGCAGCUGCACAAGCUGGCGAAUAUUCAGUUUCUGAUACUCUACAUCGAUCCGCGGGACAACGAUCUGCUGCCCAUCAACAACGAUGAUAACUUCGGGCGUGCGCUCAAGACGGCACGACCCCUGCUGCGUGUGAUAGUGCAACGCAAAGAUGAUCUGAACGAGUACUCUGGCUUUGGGACGAUGAAGCCGCGCAACCUCAUUGGCAGCAUACUGCUCGGCCAUACGCCGGUUAAGACCAAGGCGCCAUCGAUAUCGAAGCCCCACGACUUUCGCCAGGUUUCGGCCAUCAUUGAUGUGGACAUUGUGCCGGAGACGCAUCGGAGGGUGCGCCUGCUGAAGCACGGCAGCGACAAGCCGCUGGGAUUCUACAUACGCGACGGAACAUCGGUGCGGGUGACGUCCAGCGGCCUGGAGAAGCAGCCGGGCAUAUUCAUAUCUCGCUUGGUGCCGGGCGGACUGGCCGAGAGCACUGGCCUGCUGGCCGUCAACGAUGAGGUUAUCGAGGUGAACGGCAUCGAAGUGGCUGGCAAGACGCUGGAUCAGGUCACCGACAUGAUGGUGGCCAACAGCUCCAAUUUGAUCAUAACCGUCAAGCCGGCCAAUCAGCGCACGCUCACGUCCACACAUCGCGGCUCCUUCUCGCGCAACAGUCAGCUGUCGAGCGGUUCGCAUCACACAAAUCACACGAACACCUCCGACGAGAUUGAGCACGAUGAUCAGGAUGAUAUUGUCGAUCUAACAGGCGUCACGCUCGAUGAGAGUCCCACGGGCACCUCCUCCACCGGCAGUCACAACAAUCAUCAGCCGCAAACGCAGCAGCAGUCAUCGUCACCGCCCACGCAUCACCAUCCGGCAGCCUCCAAUGCGUCCACAAUAAUGGCCAGCGAUGUCAAGGAUGGUGUGCUGCACUUGUAAGCCAGGCAGCCAGCGACAGAAGGAACGGCAAGCGACGACCACACCACACCACCACACACAUUUGAUGGAACCAGAGAGAGAGAGAGAGAGAGUUCAGGCCUGUCGCGCGGGGUACAUUAGUGUGUAGAUCGAGAGCCUUGAGCCAGUCAAUUAAGCGUAAAGUUCAAUGAGAUAAUCCCCGACACAGGCCACGUACAUAUAUCAUUAUAGCAUAUAUAAAAUGUUUUUAUAUGCAGCUACACGACUCUCCCCCACCCAUACAUUCCACACACACACACACACCCAUACAUUCAUUUGCAUGUUUUUGGAAUGCAGUUUGUCCCUUUGUUUUUUAUCUAUUUUCCUUUUACUUUUCAUAUUUAUUUGGGUAUUUAAAUUUUGUAGUCCCCCCUCUGAUGAUGUUGCAUUAGAUUAGAACGAGAUGGCAAGAUGGAGAUUGAGACAGAGCAGCAGAGAGCAAGCAUUAAAUGCUGAAAAAGAGAGAGACAGAGAGAGAGAGAGAGAGAGAGAGAGAAACACAUUCCAUUUUUUGUAAACCCAAAAAACAAAAACUCACAAAAAUGUCUGCACAUUUAAAGCGUGGAUUUGUGUGCAUUAUUUUUAAACAAAAGAUUUCUGUAAGUUCCAUUUUACUUGUGUGUCCAGUUUAAACUUUUAUUCCACAUUUUGUUAUGUUAAACGAUUAUUAAUCAUAUCUAUAUUUUUUUUUGUCAUUUUACACUCGUGUUUUUGUCGUAAUUGUGUGUCCCCCAAUACUCGUUCCAAGUUCUUUUUAACAAAUACAAAAAUAUUUAUGUUCAUCAUCGUAGGAUAGGAGAGAAGUUCGGGGUAGAUAAAGUUAAACAAACACCAACAGCGCCUUCGCCUUUAAGAGAGCAAAUUCGAUACUUUUUAUAUGUUU